AGGAGAAUGGGGAGGAGCUGGGGGGCAGGCAGGCGGGGAAGGAGAGGUCUUAAGGGGCGGCGAGCGCAGGUCGGAUUUCCUCCGAGGCUGGCGAUCGGCGGAGCUCCAACCUGCGCUUAGAGCUCGCUGCGGCCGUCCUGCCCCGCGCCCUCCGGAGACCUGGGCCGUACCACGAUGUGGAAACGCUGGCUCGCGCUCGCGCUCGCGCUGGUGGCGGUCGCCUGGGUCCGCGCCGAGGAAGAGCUAAGGAGCAAAUCCAAGAUCUGUGCCAAUGUGUUUUGUGGAGCUGGCCGGGAAUGUGCAGUCACAGAGAAAGGGGAACCCACCUGUCUGUGCAUUGAGCAAUGCAAACCUCACAAGAGGCCUGUAUGUGGCAGUAACGGCAAGACCUACCUCAACCACUGUGAACUGCAUCGAGAUGCCUGCCUCACUGGAUCCAAAAUCCAGGUUGAUUACGAUGGACACUGCAAAGAGAAGAAAUCCGUAAGUCCAUCUGCCAGCCCAGUUGUUUGCUAUCAGUCCAACCGUGAUGAGCUCCGACGUCGCAUCAUCCAGUGGCUGGAAGCUGAGAUCAUUCCAGAUGGCUGGUUCUCUAAAGGCAGCAACUACAGUGAAAUCCUAGACAAGUAUUUUAAGAACUUUGAUAAUGGUGACUCUCGCCUGGACUCCAGUGAAUUCCUGAAGUUUGUGGAACAGAAUGAAACUGCCAUCAAUAUUACCACGUAUCCAGACCAGGAGAACAACAAGUUGCUUAGGGGACUCUGUGUUGAUGCUCUCAUUGAACUGUCUGAUGAAAAUGCUGAUUGGAAACUCAGCUUCCAAGAGUUUCUCAAGUGCCUCAACCCAUCUUUCAACCCUCCUGAGAAGAAGUGUGCCCUGGAGGAUGAAACGUAUGCAGAUGGAGCUGAGACUGAGGUGGACUGUAACCGCUGUGUCUGUGCCUGUGGAAACUGGGUCUGUACAGCCAUGACCUGUGACGGAAAGAAUCAGAAGGGGGCCCAGACCCAGACAGAGGAGGAGAUGACCAGAUACGUCCAGGAGCUCCAGAAGCAUCAGGAAACAGCUGAAAAGACCAAGAGAGUGAGCACCAAAGAGAUCUAAUGAGGAGGCACAGGAUAGUGUCUGGAGCCCAGCAUCUUCUCUUCCACUUCAGCGCUGAGUCCAGUAUACACGAGUGUCUGCUACAGUCGCCAAAUCACCAGUAUUUGCUUAUAUAGCAAUGAGUUUUAUUUUGUUUAUUUGUUUUGCAAUAAAGGAGAUGAAGGUGGCUGGCUAGGAGGGGAAGGGCCACAGCCUUCAUUUCUAGGAGUGCUUUAAGAGAAACUGUAAACAGUGCUCUGGGGCCGUUUAAUAAGGAAACUGCAUCACAAUUGAAAGAGGAACAAACCCAAAUCUGAACCUCUUUUGAGUUUACUGCAUCUGUCAGCAGGUUACAGGGAGUGCACACAAUGCCAGAGAGAACUUAGCAGAGUGUCCCUGGAGGAGAGGUUUGGGAAGUUCCACAGAGAGGAACGCUCUCUGCUUCCAGCCUCUUUCCACGGCCGUCAGCAUGGCAGACCUCCAGCAUCCACGCAUCUCUUGGUCCCAGUUACUUCCUCUAGAUACAUAGCCAUCCUGCUAGUUAACCCAGUGUCCCUCAGACUUAGAUGGAGUUUCUGGGAGAGUACACCCAAAUGAUGCAGAUACUUGUAUACUUUGAGGCCCUUGGCAACCUAACCAAAUUUUAAAAAUACUUUUUACCAAAGGUGCUAUUUCUCUGUAAAACACUUUUUUUUUUUUUUUGGCAAGUUGACUUUAUUCUUCAAUUAUUAUCAUUAUAUUAUUGUUUUUUAAUAUUUUAUUUUCUUGACUAGGUAUUAAGCUUUUUUUUAUUAUUUUUCAGUAGUCCCACCACUUCAUAGGUGGAAGGAGUUUGGGGUUCUUCCUGGUGCAGGGGCUCAAAUAACCCGGAUGCCCCCACCCUGCCACAUACUAGAUGCAGCCCAUAGUUGGCCCCCCAGCUUCCAGCAGUCCACUCUCUGCCAGAGGAGCAAGGGGUGCAUUAGACCGAAGCUAGAGGAGGAAGCAUCUUCAUAAAAAACUUUCAAGAUCCAAACAUUAAUUUGUUUUUAUUUAUUCUGAGAAGUUCAGGCAAGUCAGUAUUCCCAAGGAUGGAGAUAAGUACAGCCAAGCAGGCUGAGGAUAUCCCAGCCUACCAAUAUGCUCAUUGGCCUACAGCUAACUAGGAGAUUGAGUUGGCCCUGUCUCUUCUUUUUUUCUGUACCUCACUUUCUUCAGUGAGCUGGUAAGAAUGCACUAGCCUUUUGAUUUGAUAAGUUAUAAAUUCUGUGGUUCUGAUCGUUGGUCCAGAAGGGGAGAUAGGUUCCUGUGAUUUUUCCUUCUUCUCUGUAGAAUAAAUGAAAUCUCGUUGUUAGAACAGGAAAUAUCAGAUGGCCAAAAACAAGGUGACCAAAUUUGAUCUCAGCCUGGUGACGCUACAGGUUGUGCUGUGAUACAGAGUCCUCAUGGGUAAAGCAGGAAGAGAGUGGGAAAGGGAACCACCCCACUCUGUCUUCAUAUUUGCAUUUCAUGUUUAACCUCCGGCUGGAAAUAGAAAGCGUUCCCUUAGAGAGGAGGAUAAAAGAAAGUUUUUAAUUCUACAGGGGGAAGAAAAUGGAGAUUUGAUCCUAAAACUGUGACUUGGAGAGGUCAGUCAUUUACAGUUAGUCUCGUGUCUUUCGACUUCUGUGAUAGUUAACCCCACUCACUACCCUGUUUAAGAUGCAUUUGGAAUACCAAAGAUUAAAGCCUUGACAUAUGAUCUCACUUGUAGAAAGCAGAUUAAAGACCAUCAGAAGGAAAUUAUUUAGGUUGUAAUGCACAAGCAACUGUGAGAAACUGUUGUGCCAAAAAUAGAAUUCCUUCUAGUUUUCCUUGUUCUUAUUUGAAAAGAGAAAAUUCCACUUUGUUUAGCAUUUUAAGCUUUUGUGUAUCAAUCCCAUCUAAAAACUCUUCAAACUCCACUUGUUCAGUCUGAAAUGCAGCUCCCUGUCCAAGUGCCUUGGAGAACUCACAGCAGCAUGCCUUAAUCAAAAGUUUUGCCAGCCCUUGGACACUAUGGGAGGAGGGCAAGAGUAUCAGUUUGUUAAAAGCAAAAAACCACAGUGUCUCUUCACUAGUCAUAUUUAGAACAGUGGUUACCAUCCAAGACUACUCUAUCCUGCAACAUUGAACUCCCAAGAGCAAAUCCACAUUCUUCUGCUUCUGUGUAAAUAGGGCAGCUGUUGUAUAUGCCAUAGAAUCACAUGAUCUGAGGACCAUUCAUGGAAAGCUGCUAAAUAGCCUAGUCUGGGAAGUCUUGCAUAAAGUUUUACAUGGAGCAAACAGGAUUAAAUCAGGUUUAGUUCCUUCGGCCCUCUAAAGGCAUAGGGCUUAGCCUGCAGGCUUCCUUGGGCUUUCUCUGUGUGUGUAGUUUUGUAAACACUAUAGCAUCUGUUAAGAUCCAGUGUCCGUGGAAACCUUCCCACAUGCCGUGACUCUGGACUCUCAGUUUUUGAAAGCAGGGUUCCCCUGCCUGCUAACAAGCCCACGUGGACCAGUCUGAAUGUCUUUCCUUUACACCUAUGUUUUUAAAUAGUCAAACUUCAAGAAACAAUCUAAACAAGUUUCUGUUGCAUAUGUGUUUGUGAACUUGUAUUUGUAUUUAGUAGGCUUCCAUAUUGCAUUUAACUUGUUUUUGUAACUCCUGAUUCUUUUCGGAUACUAUUGAUGAAUAAAGACAUUAAAGUGA